CCAGAAGACUCAGAAGUAACACGAGAUGAGAACCUUUAUUCCUGCGAAGUAUGUAAUAAAUAUUUUACACUCAGCAGUUACCUAAACGAUCACAUGAGAACUCACACAGGCGAGAAGGCUUUCACGUGCCUCACCUGUGGAAAAACGUUUACUCAGAGGUGUAAUCUAACCCGUCACAUGAGAGCCCACACGGGCGAGAGGCCGUAUCCAUGUGAAGUGUGCGGUAAAGGUUUCAACGACAGCGGCGAUUUAACUCGUCACAUGAGAACCCACACAGGUGAGAAGCCUUUCUCAUGUGCGACCUGUGGGAAGGGUUUCACCAGGCAAAUCAGCCUGACUGCCCACAUGAGAAUACACACCGGCGAGAAGCCUUACCCUUGUCUGUCCUGUGGGAAAAGUUUCACUCAAAGCAGCGCUUUAACCGUCCACAUGAGAACCCACACAGGUGAGAAGCCGUAUCCCUGCGGCGUGUGUGGGAAGCGUUUCUCCCGGAGCUGCCACUUGAAUGUUCACAUGAUAACUCACACGGGGGAGACGUUCCCAUGUCUCACCUGUGGGAAGCAUUUCACCCACAACAGCGCCUUAAACGUCCACAUGAGAAUCCACACAGGUGAGAAGCCGUACCCGUGUGGGCUAUGCGGUAAGUCCUUUUCUCGGAGCAGCCUACUGACUGUUCACAUGAGAACGCACUCGGGGGAGAAGCCAUACCCGUGCGAAGUGUGCGGGAAGUACUUCUCACGGCGCAGCCACCUGACGGAUCACAUGAGGACGCACACCGGGGAGAAGCCUUUCUCCUGUCAGACCUGUGGAAAGUGUUUCAGCGGCAGGCACAGUCUGAAGUUUCACAUGGGAACUCACACACGUCAAAUCUUCCUUAGCUUCAGCAAAGCGGAACAAAAGUUAGUUUACGGUUUCUUCCAGAGCGUCACUGGGAGCAACACGGGAGACCCAAACAGAGCGCUGACAGGCAGCAUUAGCUUUGCUUCUGAGGCUGCUAGAAGGCUGGUUCUGGUUUUUAGGCAGACUGGUCAAGUAUCUGCAGUAAAAAUGUCCUCGGUUCAGCCUCAGAGAGCGUUUAUUACUGAGCAGGAGACUGCCGAAGAGGACAGACUCCCCGAGUUUAAAGAAGUCAUCAUCAAGUCCGAGGAAGAGAUCGAUGAUCUGCAUCAGUAUUAUGCCUGUAAAGAUGACCAGCAGGAAUCCAAGCAGGAGAAGAAAAGCAGUCUGGAGAAGGAGGAAGCAGAACAUCUGCAGAAGACACGGGACCAAGAGGAACAAGAGCAUCAGCUAAUAAAAGAGGAGCAGGGGGAGCUGGUACAUCUGGAGAUAAAAGAGGAAGAAGAGGAACUCUGCAUCAGUCAGGACGAAGAGGGUCUUGUGUCGAAGCACGAAACUAACACCUCAAAGUCCGCCACUAAGCAGAACCGAAACAAGCUCGACUCGCAGGAAACCCCUGACGCUGAGAACGGGGAUCAGGAGAAAAACAAUCCUGAAGAUUCGGGAUCAAAGAGAGACAAAGAGCCGAAAGAAAACAACAGCCUCUUGAAAACUCACUCGUUCAAGAAUCUGUACUCGUGUAAGAUUUGUGGCAAGAUUUUCCCUCAAAACAGUCACUUAACGCGACACAUGAGAAUUCACACGGGCGAGAAGCCGUUCUCAUGCGUCACCUGCGGAAAGAGCUUCAGUCAGAAAGGUAAUUUAGCUUAUCACAUGAAAGGUCACACGGGCGAGAAGCCGUUCUCAUGCAUCACCUGCGGAAAGAGCUUCAGCUUCAAAAGUAUUUUACUCAUCCACUCCAGAAUUCACACGGCCGAGAAGCCGUUCUCGUGUAUGACCUGUGGCAAAAGCUUCACCCAGAAGAGCAGUUUAACCUAUCACAUGAGAGUGCACACGGGUGAGAAGCCUUUCUCCUGCAUGUUCUGUGGAAAAACCUUCAGGCAAAGAUCAAAACUGACACGCCACACGAGGAUCCACACGGGCGAGAAGGCGUAAAACUCUGAAGCGUCCGGGUGCUUUGCAACUUUACUGUUCAGAAGCUGGAGGGAUUAAUAGUCAAUAAACACAGUGAUCACAUUUUUCGGAUAAAAACCCCUGAGAAAAUAAUGACUACACUAACAAAACAAGUGAUGUUCUUCUGCCAACUUUGACUUCCUAGUUUAAAGGGAAGCGUACCAAACAGUGAAGAUUUUUGACCUUUUUUGUCUUCCUCUAAAUGUAAAUCUUCCUCGACUUCAUUGCUGUCAAAGCAAGUCUGACUUGUGACGUUUGUCAUGUACAUCCUUUCAUCCCGUUCACAGACUGUCUUUGCUUAGGAAGGUUUAGUUUUUUGAAGUUUAGAGAAUGUGUUGAUGAAAUGAUUUAAUUAUCUGAUUCAAAAGUGACUUGGUAAAGGGGGGGGGGGGAUUCUGCAGGUUUUGUUGUACAAAUUGGGCUGCUGGGGAGUUUUCCUCAUAACAAACGCAAAAUCACGGUUCUAAUUAUGGACAAUAACACUUUAUAUAAAUGAAAGCAUAACUGACAGGUUUAAUAUGAAUGUUUUCUCUUCAUGUUCAGUGUUAUAAGUAGAAAAUGAAUAAAAAUCUGGUUGAUGCCGCACCACUAA